AAGUUAAAACAACAACGCAAUGAAAAACAUGUGUCGCAAAUAUGAGGUGUUUUACGGUAAUUCGGCUGCGCGGUCAAUAGUUCACCUGGAAGCGUUCAUUGUCACCUCGGGCACAUGUAAAUAUCUUUAGACUAAAAACGGUAAUAAUGUCAUCUAUUAACAUCUCAAAAGAAGCGCUUAUAGGCUCUGCGACGCUUGGAUUGAUGUUUAUAGGGGGCUAUUAUAUGGGCAAACGCAAAUCGAAAUUCUCAAGAAUGUCAUCAGGUAAAAGUCACGUGGGUGGCAAGGACGACCCUGUGAUGCACUAUCUCCUCAAUCAUUCCCUGAGGGAGCACCCUGCCCUUAAAAAACUGCGCCUGAGAACUAUGGAGCAUAAAUGGAAUUUCAUCAUGGUGGCGUGCGAGCAGUCGCAGUUGAUGGCGAAUUUGGCCCGAUUAAUCAAGGCCAAGAAGGCUAUCGAAAUUGGUGUAUAUACGGGCUAUAACGCGUUGAGUAUUGCUCUCGCGCUGCCGGAUGAUGGAAAGUUGAUCGGAUGUGACGUAAAUGAGGAAUACACCGACAUUGGCAGACCCUUCUGGAAAGAGGCUGGCGUUGAACACAAAAUCGACCUGCGUCUGCAGCCGGCACUGAAAACUCUCGAUGAGCUGUUGGCUGCAGGUGAAGCCGAGACUUUUGAUUUCGUCUUCAUUGAUGCUGAUAAACAGAACUACGACAACUACUAUGAGAAAUCUUUGCAGCUGGUCAGGAAAGGAGGAAUAAUUGCCAUAGAUAAUGUCCUGUGGAGCGGGCGCGUAGUGAAUCCAGCAGAGGGUGAUGUGGACUCCAUCAGCAUCGAUAAACUGAACAAGAAACUACACACAGACAUCAGAGUGAAUCUGAGCAUGCUCACUGUGGGCGACGGGCUGACGCUUGCAUUCAAACUCUGAGCUCAUAGGAGACACACUAACAUGUGCCAUAACACACUGUAGGAACUCCCAAAAACCAAUCACUCUUUUCCAUUAACAAUACUAAUAUAAAGCACCUAGUUGUUGCUACAGUAUAUAGACCUCUCUAAAUCAAUCACUUAUGAGUCCCAUCCAUUGCUGUUAGGACACUUGCCUCAUAACAGAGACAGCAAAGCAGUUCACUAGGUUUUGGAACAGCUCCUCAGGUUUCAAGGACAUACUGUAUGUGUUACUGUGGAUUUGUAAUCAUUGUUUUAUUGAGGAUGUACGCUAUUUUAAUGACUGAAAUGUGACUAUAUGAAGGCAAAGUUUUGCAGUAAAAUUAUCAUGUUGUCAACUACUGAUUAUGUUUCUAAAAAUUAUGAUUUUGACCAUAUUUAUUUUUUAUUUCCUGAAAUAUUUCUAUGGUUUCACUAUGAAUAUCAUGGUUAAUAUAUGGUUACUGUAGUAAAACCAAUAUAUUAAAAAUAAGUACAAAUAUAUAUAUAUUUUUUUUCC